ACCAAAAUGAGGGAAAUCGUUCACCUGCAGGCAGGCCAAUGUGGAAACCAAAUUGGAGCUAAGUUCUGGGAGGUGAUAAGUGACGAACAUGGCAUCGACCCGUCCGGGACAUACCAUGGGGACAGCGACCUGCAGCUGGAACGGAUCAACGUGUAUUACAACGAGGCGACAGGUGGCAAGUACGUCCCUCGUGCAGUGCUGGUGGACUUGGAGCCAGGCACAAUGGACUCUGUGAGGUCUGGUCCCUUUGGCCAAAUCUUUAGACCAGACAACUUUGUUUUUGGCCAGAGCGGAGCCGGUAAUAACUGGGCUAAAGGCCACUACACUGAAGGAGCCGAGCUGGUGGACUCUGUCCUGGAUGUGGUGAGAAAGGAAGCGGAGAGCUGCGACUGCCUCCAGGGCUUCCAGCUCACACACUCCCUGGGAGGAGGCACCGGCUCCGGCAUGGGCACGCUGCUCAUCAGCAAAAUCCGAGAGGAGUAUCCAGACCGCAUCAUGAACACUUUCAGCGUGGUGCCUUCACCCAAGGUGUCAGACACAGUGGUGGAGCCAUACAAUGCCACCCUCUCCGUCCACCAGCUGGUCGAGAACACAGACGAGACCUACUGCAUUGAUAAUGAGGCCCUGUAUGACAUCUGCUUCCGCACACUGAAGCUCACCACGCCCACCUACGGUGACCUCAACCACCUCGUCUCAGCCACCAUGAGUGGGGUGACCACCUGCCUGCGCUUCCCCGGCCAGCUCAAUGCUGAUUUGAGGAAACUGGCUGUCAACAUGGUGCCCUUCCCCAGGCUGCAUUUCUUCAUGCCAGGCUUUGCCCCCCUGACUAGCCGUGGCAGCCAGCAGUACAGGGCAUUGACAGUUCCUGAACUCACCCAGCAGAUGUUUGAUGCCAAGAACAUGAUGGCAGCCUGCGACCCACGCCACGGGCGCUACCUUACAGUCGCCGCCAUCUUCAGAGGACGCAUGUCCAUGAAGGAGGUGGACGAGCAGAUGCUGAACGUGCAGAACAAGAACAGCAGCUACUUUGUGGAGUGGAUCCCCAACAAUGUGAAGACAGCAGUCUGCGACAUCCCUCCUCGCGGCCUCAAGAUGGCCGCCACCUUUAUUGGCAACAGCACAGCCAUUCAGGAGCUGUUCAAGCGCAUCUCGGAGCAGUUCACCGCCAUGUUUCGCCGAAAGGCCUUCCUCCACUGGUACACGGGCGAGGGCAUGGAUGAGAUGGAGUUCACUGAGGCUGAAAGCAACAUGAAUGACCUGGUGUCCGAGUACCAACAGUACCAGGACGCCACUGCUGAGGAAGAGGGCGAGUUUGAAGAGGAGGGCGAAGAGGACAUAGCCUAGACCCCUGACAUGAACGCUUUCUUACUAUGCAACAGUUAGGGCUGGGCAAUAUGGCUCAAAUCUUUGUCGUAUUAUUCACAAUUGGCUUAAGAUCAAUAAUUUGGACAACAUUUAUAAAAAAUAUACACAAGAACAAGAUUGUAAAUACCAUUGAAAGUUUUCAAAUGAUAACAGUGAAUUCUUGUCCAGCCUUAGCAGGAGUGCAAAUGAUUUCUCCAGCCGUGGUUUUUAAAUGUUGUCUGUUCUCUUUUCACACUUUAGUUGUUUUGCUAUUCUCUUCUUCCUUCAGGUUUUCCUCUCCUGUGUCCUCUCUGUUUAGAGGGUAUUACCUAAGAGUAGCAAACAUGCAACAUUCAGCACCAGCAUGGAAAAACUAAAACAUGAAACAUACCUUUUAAAAUUAUAUGGCACUUUUAGGCAAUCGACUGCACUGAUGGUUAAUGGUUAACAUUACUUCCCUGGUAUUCAUGUGUGUCAGGAAACACCACUUCUCAUCAUAUUUCCACAGGCUGAUUGUAUGGCAUGUCACAGAUUAAAUAGGCUCCUAGAAUUAUAGCUCUAUCCAUAUCCACCUGUUAUUUGUUGUGUUGUCAAGCACUGACCAGUUCAAGGCAUUUUGCUGAAUUCGACACUUAACUGGAAUGUCAUCUUUUGUCAGAAAUAAAUAAUUUCAUCUACUGAAGAAAACAAAAAUGCACUGAAGCCAUAAAUAGUGUCAGGAGCUGGUCACUGCUGUGUAACUGUUAGUGUGAUGGUGUGGGAUGUUAUUCACGUCAAAAGUAUAGAUGGAUGUUAAUAAAGGUUUUAUUUGAAUUGA